AUGGAUCAACAAGAAACAACACAAUCACCAUAUGAGCAAGUUGCCCAAGAGGGUCUCGACAAUAUCCCCGGCUAUUUUGGGAACGAGAUGUUCAAUGAGAAAGUGACAUUUUUCACGUGUGUAGGGGAUAAGUCUUCAUAUAGUAUUCCUUCCGCUGUUGGUCUUCGUCUCUCAAAGAACUUUAUGAACUAUAAUAAAUACUAUAUUAUAGUAUUUGUCAUCUGUCUCUUCCCAACACUGUUCAUCAAUUUUAAAUUCUUUUUGACACAACUUGUCAUCAAUGCACUCUUUGUGACACUCUUCUACUUCUUCCCAACUAUUCUUCCAAAGAGACUUGGUGGUGCUCCAUUCACUGUGUUCUAUUUUGUGUUGUUCUUCGUCAUUUGUUUGGUGUUCAACACAUUACUGGCUUAUAUACUCUUUCUCAUCGCCGCUGCUCUCUGUUUACUCCACGCGAUGACUAGGACAAACAUCGAAGACGUUGUUGGAGAAGGGUUAUAA